UCGCGAGAAGUUAAUCGCGAUCGAGAUAGCUAGCUAGAUUUCAAUUUUUAAUGGCAGGUCAGCCUCCCAACAUGUUGGCACCACCGACCGACGACGAGCUGCUGCACGCGCAGGCCGACAUGUUGCGCCACAGCCUCUACUUCGUCACGUCCAUGGCGUUUCAGUGCGCCGUCAAGCUCGGCAUCCCCACCGCCAUCCACCGCGCCGGCGGCACCGCCUCGCUGCCCGACCUUGUCGCCGCCCUCUCCCUCCCGCCCGCCAAGCUCCCGUUCCUCCGCCGCCUCAUGCGGCUGCUGGUCAACUCGGGCGUCUUCGCCGCUGCCGACGACACCGCCACCGGGUGGGCCGGGAUGUACCGCCUCACCCCGCUGUCGUGGCUCCUGGUGGAAGGCGAAGGCGCAGCGCCCGUCGUCGACGGCCACCCGAGCCAGGUGCUUGUGGUGCUCGCCGCGACGUCCAGGCACUUCGUGGAGGCGGCGAUGGGGCUCGCGGACUGGUUCGGGAAGGACCUGCCGCCGUCGUCCUCGGCGCCGCCGUCGCCGUUCGAGGAGGUGCACGGCGCCGCGCUGUUCGACGAGAGCAUGGCGAACCUUGACCCGGAGUCUGACUCGAUGUUCAACGAAGCUCUAGCGGCGCACGACCACUCAGACUUCCCCACGGUUCUCCGGGAGUGCCGUGAGGUGUUCCAGGGGGUGGAGUCGCUCACCGAUUGCCGCGGUGGUGACGGCAGGGCGGCGAAGGCCAUCGUCGAGGCCUUCCCACACAUCAAGUUCACCGUGCUGGACUUUCCCCGGGUGAUUGGCGAGACACGAACUGGUGUGGUGAACUACGUAGCGGGCGACAUGUUCCGUGAGAUCCCACCUGCUCAAGCUGUGAUGCUCCAGCUUGUGCUUCACCACUGGAAUGACGAGGAUUGUGUGAAGAUCCUAGCUAAUUGCAAGAAAGCUAUUCCAACCCGAGAAGAUGGAGGGAAGGUGAUCAUCAUAGAUAUAGUUAUUGGUGCUCCUUCAGGACUGCUGCUAGAAGCCCAGCUCCUCAUGGAUGUGGCUAUGAUGGUGGUGACCAAAGGCCGACAGCGAGACGAGAAUGAUUGGCGUGAUCUCUUCAGCAAAGCAGGCUUCAGUGACUACAAUAUUGUGAAGAAACUGGGAGCUCGAGGCGUCUUUGAGGUCUACCCAUAGCAGUGGUUCCAACACUAAUUGUGUGGGUCCCCUCUGUGGAGGAUGUGAUCUAAGUGAAUAAAGGAAGGAAGGGCAUAUUUUCUGAAACAAAUUGUUAUAUAUGUGAUCUAUGUCAAGCUUGGUUUUGUGAAUUAAUACGUGUAAAACUUCUGUUGAAUGUUUCAUGUGAGUUAAUGUGUCCGGCUUGCUUAUGUAAAAUUUCAAUAUGUAAAAUCA